AUGGCCACACCAUUGAGGAAACGAGGAGUCGCUGCCGGUCUUUGGCCGUUCGAUCGGCACGAGGGCAGCGUCGCCAUCCGUUCGAUCGCCGCCUUGCCUGGACCCGCCUGUUCAGUUCUGAUCAAGCGCGAGUGUGAACUCCGACAGGAGUUUGAUGGGUGGGUGGCUGCGAGCUUUUGA